AUGGCUGGGAGCGCCGGGUACUCGGCUGAGAAGAUGGGCCACCUUGAGCUCCGCGCCAUGAAGGGCUAUCCCCUGAGCCACGAGGUCUGCCGCCUGAUGAUGGAGCAAUUCCGUGAGUUCGACUGCAAGGGCGACGCCACCUGGCCCGUGAGACAGCUGAGGGACUUGGCAACCUACUGGGUGAGCGGCCAGUAUCGCACCCACACGAACACUCUCGUUGAGCCCCCCAUGAGCCAGGAGUUCGUGUAUGAGAGGGUCCAAGCCGCGGCCGGGGUGCCCAUGUGGGAGGCCCUGAGGCGCCAUUUGUGGCCGAGCGCGCGGAAUCCCAAGAUGGGGAAUAAUGCCGUGAUGAUCCUGGAGUACUUGACAAUCGCUGAGGAGGCGGAGCACGUCUGCUACAAGCUCGCGGCCCCGGCAACUGAGCAGCUCCUGCGCUUCAACACUGAUGAGCUCAACACCGCUGAGCCCCCGCACCAGCAGCUGAUUGGUGAGGUCUUCUGGCUCGGCCCUGAGCUCCAUGCACUCGUUGAGCCCAUUCAGAGCGCCAUCCAGAUGAGGAUUGCGGCGAGGCACCGUGAGCUCCGGGCUGAGCUCUACCCGGGCGAGGGCGCGCAGGCUGAGGGCACCCAGACGCAGGCUGACGACAUGGACGUUGGCACGCCGCGCUGA